UUUAUGUCAAACGUGUUUCUUUCUGUUCUAAUUGUCAAAAACCGGCGAUAGAUGCAUUUUCUAUAAAUUUUGCUAAUUUUUAAUAGAAUAGAAUAGUGUGAAUAUAUAAUCAGAGUGAAAUCUGAUUUAUUAGAUAAUAGAAAUGUAUUUUCAUGGCCUAUUCCUGUUAUUACUAAGUACACUAGCGCUAAGCAAUGGAAACACUCUGCAAGGAACUAUAGACAUCAAAAGACUGCAGAAUAUACUUCAGGAAAAUGUGAAGAGCAAAGAUAUCACAGCUCUAUACUACUCCAUUAAGGGGCUAGCAGAGUUAAAUGCUGACAUUCCUAAUAUUUGUGAGAAUCUCAAAACCAUCAAAUACGACAGCAAGAACAUUGAGCAAGUGUUCCAAUUGGCCAACGCAGCGGCCAUCUCCAACUGCCAGAACUCUUUGAAACCCGACGUCAUCAACCCGGCGACCCAGCUGUUGGAGAAGAAGGAUGCCACCAUACCUGAUAUCUACCAUGCUGUGUACACCCUGAGGGCUUUUGGAAAAGGCUCUGUGUAUGAUAAGGAAGAUGCCUUGAAGAACCUUAUUCAUUUGUUGAAGAAGGAUGAUUCUCCGGCUAACUAUGGCUACGUGUUCGCGCUAUGCGAGCACAUGGGCUGCGGCGCGUGGACCGCCUCCCACGCCGAGGGCGUGCUGCUGGCGGCUGACGAGAGCGACUCCAAGGCACUGCACUUUGAAGGAGGCUUGCCUGUCACUGCUAACCUGCUUGGUAGUAUUCAGAGGACUUACAAAAACCUGAAGAAGCCAUCCCCCCUGACUGAGGAGCAGAGGUACAAGUUCGCGGAGUACCUGCUCUCCAGGAGAUCGGUAAACACGCCUAAAGGUGCCUCCUUGUUGAUCGAAGCCGCCACCGCUCUCGCUGACGAUGUGCCAUCCCCCAUCAGCAUCGCAAUCAAAGGCAAGAAAUACAUCACCUCAGACUCAGAUACCAUCGAGUUCUCAAUCUCCGACCUCAUUGGUCGUCCCGUCAAGUUCCUGAAGCCCGAAGAAGUUGUCGCUCAAUCCGGCACUCGUCUAGCUGAUGACGUAGUUGUCCUAUCUAAACAACCCCUAACACAGAAAGCUAACGAACCAACAACUUUCGUCCUUAAUCUUAGCAAGAUUAAGGCUCAAUAUGGCUUGUAUAAAAUAGCUUUAAGUGCUGGAACAAAGACAGCUAAUGUGAAUGUAGCAGUUUUGGGAGAGAUUCAAGUGACCAGUGUUGAAGUUGGUAUCGGCGAUGUGGAUGGAACUACGAGCCCUAAGUUGACGACUGUGGCUUAUCCUAAUAAGCUGACUGAGAAACUACAGGCUGAUCAUUUGCAAAAGGUAACGCUGAAGUUCAGCGUGCGUGACAAAUACAACAAAGCUGUGUUGGUACAACAAGCCUUCGUACGCGUCGCCACCGCUUCUGGGGACCACGAGACCAUCUUCGUGGCUGAGCCUGACAACGCUAAGGCUUACAAAGUCGAACUUAACGUGGGCGGCAUCGCGAAGCACCUGAACUUCGUGUCGGGCGGCUACUCGCUGACGAUGUACCUGGGCGACAGCGCCGUGUCCAACCCCAUCGCGUGGCACAUCGGAGAGGUGCUCUUCAACUUCGGCAAGGACGCUAAUGCUGUUGGUGCCCCAGUAACGUCAGCGCCGGCCACGUACCGCGGCUUGCUGCCCGAGAUCGCGCACAUCUUCCGCUCGCCCGAGGCGCGGCCGCCGCGGCUGGUGUCGGACGUGUUCGCGGCCGCCUGCGCCGCGCCGCUGCUGCUGCUGCUGCUGCUGUGGGCGCGGCUCGGCCUCAACAUGAGGAACUUCCCUCUCACGCCCAGUGCGCUGGUAUUCCAUGUCGCUUUGGGAGCGUCCCUCGGUCUGUACGGCGUGCUAUGGCUGCAGCUGUCGAUGUUCGACACGAUGCGCUACCUGCUGCCGCUGGGCGCCCUCACGUUCCUGUCGGGGCACCGCCUGCUGCGCCGCCUCGCACACGACAAGGCCACGCGCUAAGCAUCAUGUAUCUGUAGUAUGACCAAUGUGUCUUGGCCAUUGUGGUAAUCUUUUCGUAAAUAAAGUCGAUGAGCCUAUCGACAUUGCGUGAGAAAAUAGCUCGAUGUUUGAUAUGUAAAGUUUGGUAAGUGCCGUCCUACUAAGUUACACAAGAUCGGCUACAGCAUCAUAUUAACAUCGACACGGAUUGCCAUAAAUAAAAAUAGAAGUGAAUAGUAAAGUUUGGUAGGUAGGUCACUAUUGUUCGCAAUAUUUUCUCUACUGCGCAGAUAAGGUUAUUUGCCAAGGUAUUAUGGUCAUACUAUACGUAUACAAUACAUAGUUACACAAAUAAAGUAAGAGGAUGCUAGUUCUAUUUGCUGUGAAUGAUUGAGAUAUGAUCGGGGAUAGUUUGAAUAUUUCACAAGACGCGUUUUCCGUAGUUACACAAUCUUUUUGUAAUUGUAGUUUUCAAGCAACCUUCCGGAUUUGAAUAUUGCAACUUGCACCAUUGUUUUAUUUUAUUAGAGGCAAAUAAGACUUAUUGUUAUAGAUUUUAUUUCUAUCGAGGUUAUGUAUAAUGAAGAGUCAAUAUGCAUGUCAAGGCAAAGUCACAUUCAAUGCGCAAUUUAAUUUAUCGAUCUCCACAUAUUUCCAAUGACUAAACGAUGACUAUGUAUGUGUGCUGUAUUCUGUUUAAACAACAGGAUGCAGAAUUAUAUUAAAAUUAAUGCGACUUUCAUUUGUUGCGGUCAUUCAAGAACUCUACGGAAAUGUUAACCACUUGCAAUAUUUAAAUGAUAGGUACCGGUAUCCAAUUCAGUAGAGUUUUUGUAUAACUCAAUGAAAUCAGUGUAAUAAUAAUUUUACAUACCUACCUAAUAAAAAUAAUGUGAUUCGUUA